AUAUGUAUAACGAAAAUUGACAGGAGGAAUUGGCUAUAUUGCGGCGUAAGGCAGAGAGGAUGAAGAAAAUGGAGCAAGCCGGCAGCAGUAUGGACGAAGUGUUGCUCGAGGAGAUCAGGGAAUACAAGGAGACGCUCACAUGCCCGUCUUGCAAGGUAAAACGCAAGGAUGCGGUGCUGACGAAGUGUUUCCACGUGUUCUGCUGGGACUGCCUGCGCACGCGCUACGAGACGCGCCAGCGCAAGUGUCCCAAGUGUAACGCGGCCUUCGGCGCCAACGACUACCACCGCCUGUACCUCUCUACCCAGGCACCCCACCGCAUCGUGGGGACCCGGACCUCGCCUACUGGGUCCCACCUUUAG